AUGGUCAAAGUUUUAAAAUUCCCAUCGACUGAACUAUUAGCUACAAAACUAGGUAGUUAUAUCCUUGAAAAACAAGCAAAGGCAUUGAGCACUAAAGAUACUUUUAAUGUGGCUAUCAGUGGUGGUUCAUUGAUUAAGGUUUUAAAUUUGUGUUUGGUUCAAGAUAAGGAAGUUAACUCCAAAAUAGCUUGGGACAAAUUGAAUAUAUACUUCUGUGAUGAAAGAAUUGUUCAAUUGGACCAUCCAGAUAGUAACUUUGGUGCUUUCAAAUCGAUCGUUUUCGAUAAAUUGUCAAAGGAAAUUCAAGACAAAAUUACUGUCUACCCCUUAAAUACUUCAUUGAUUAAAGAUGCAUCAGCUGCUGAAAACGAAAGUAUUGCCACUGAUUAUGCUAGUAUCCUACCUAAAGAAAAUGGUUUCGACCUUCUAUUAUUAGGAUGUGGUCCAGAUGGUCACACAUGUUCUCUAUUCCCGGAUGAAAAACAUAGAUACUUACUUGAAGAGGUUACUAAGACAGUUGUAUGGUGCCAUGAUUCUCCAAAGCCACCUCCAAAUAGAAUCACUAUCACUUUCCCGGUCAUCAACAAUACCAGGGACAUUGCAUUUGUUGCAGAAGGUGAAUCUAAACAACCAAUUAUGCAUGAAAUUUUUGAUUUAAAGAAAAGUACUCUUCCUACUACCAUGAUUAACGAUGCAAAUGAUAAAAAAGUUUCAUGGUUCGUUGAUGAUGCAGCUUUCGAAAAAGUUCAAACCAAUGAAUACUAUUAA